CCACACUCCGUUCUGUCCACCUGAGAUCCGCUCUGUGAGAUCUUCACCGAGUGAAUCUGAUGAUGUUACCGUACAUCAAUGUCCCGUUUGUCUACGCAGCUGGCAAAUUGGGUGCAGCGCCCGACGAGUUGAAACUCAUAUGCUCCUUCCUGCUGUCGUAUCCUUUGGCCGGAGUACUCAAACGUAUACCCGACUCGAAGCCUGCACGGAAGAAUGCAUUCAUCAUUGCAGUGUCGAUGUUCUACUUGGUCGGCCUCUUUGACUUGUGGGCUGGUCUGCGUACCAUAUUGAUCAGCUCUGUGGGUGCAUACUUGAUUGCAGCAUAUAUCCAGGGUCCAUACAUGCCAUGGGUUGGUUUCGUGUUUCUCAUGGGUCACAUGUCUGUCAAUCACAUCUAUCGACAAAUGGCCGACGAUCCUAGCUCGGUCGAUAUCACGGGUGCCCAGAUGGUCUUGGUCAUGAAGUUGACGGCCUUUUGCUGGAAUGUCUACGACGGAUCUCUUCCUGAGGCGACCCUGACCGACCACCAGAAAGAUCGUGCUCUACGAAAAUUGCCUGGCCUGCUUGAUUAUGCUGGCUUUGUACUCUUCUUCCCCUCGCUUUUUGCCGGUCCUGCUUUUGAUUAUGUUGAUUACAGAAGAUGGAUCGAGACUACCAUGUUCGAGCUUCCUGCUGGCGUUGACCCAUCCAAGGCGCCUCCUACUCGCAAGCAACGCAAGAUCCCACGCAGUGGUACGCCAGCAGCAUGGAAAGCCGCCUAUGGACUUCUUUGGAUUCUUGCCUUCCUGCAGUUCUCGGGCUACUACUACCCAGACUUCUUGCUGUCUGACGGCUACAAGGAGUAUGGUAUUUUCCGCCGCGUCUGGGUUAUGCACAUGCUGGGUCUAACCACUCGCAUGAAGUACUACGGCGUUUGGUCGCUUACAGAGGGAGCUUGUAUCCUCUCCGGAAUUGGCUUCAAGGGUAUCGACCCAAAGACAGGAAAGGCCGAUUGGAACAGAUUGCAAAAUGUAAAGCCUCUUGCUAUUGAACUGGCCCAGAACAGCCACGCCUAUCUUGGAAACUGGAACAUCAACACCAACAUGUGGUUGAGGAACUACGUAUAUCUGCGUGUUACACCCAAGGGCAAGAAGCCUGGGUUCAGAGCGAGUAUGGCUACCUUUGUUACCAGUGCAUUCUGGCAUGGAUUCUAUCCUGGAUACUAUCUUGCCUUUGUGCUCGCCAGCUUCGUCCAGAAUUCCGCAAAGAAUUCACGACGUUUGAUCCGUCCCUUCUUCAUGAGCGCAGAUGGCACCAAAGAGCUUCCCUCUAAACGUUACUACGAUGUCUUUACCUGGCUUGUUACACAACUCGCCUUCUCAUUCACCGUCGCCCCCUUCAUUUUCCUCAGCUUCAGCUCCUCUCUUCUAGUCUGGCAGCGCGUCUACUUCUACACGAUCAUUGCCGUGAGCGCGUCAUCCCUCUUCCUGCUCACGCCCGGAAAGCAGUUCUUGCAGCAAAAGGUUAAGAAGCACUCCAAGCCUAGCGAAGAACAAGUGCGCAAGAGUCUAGAGAAGGAAGCCAGAAGUCCAACACUUGGCUUGCCUGAUGAUCCCGGUCGUGCUUGGGACGAGAUGGUCGAGGAGAUCAUGUCGGAGAUUCAGGAGAGAAAGAAGAAGGGUCUACCUAUUCCUGCCAAGUUGAGACAGGAGGCCGAGGCUAUUGGAAAGAAGAUCACUUGAGUGGUAUCGUAGGAUGCAGAGGUCGAGAUGUGGUGAGGAGAGCAUGAGUAGAGGAGGGUGGUUGCAUGAUUUCGAUCCGAUGUAACUUGACAUGAUCAUUAGCAGCACUUCAAGCACAGUAAACAGUAUAGAAACAAAUCAUUGUAUGGACGUACAAUGACUCACCAGCAUGAUCCAUCCAAUGCAGAAUUUUCUCUAGCUUUGUAAUACAAACUAGCAAAGCUGGUC